CAAUAUUAACAUCAAAUAAAGGCACAAGACAGCGAGAAGAAAAAGAACAAAGAAAAAGCAACGAAAGGUGAUAAAAGGACAAUACAAGCAAAGGACUUUGGCAGGGUUUUCCUUUUGUUCCUUCUUUUUUAAAUCUUGCUUUACGGAGCAAAAUGGGACAGCAGUUCACCAACAACAAAGGGGAGCAAGGAGAGAUAGAUGUUGCUGAAUUGCAGGAAUGGUAUAAGAAAUUUGUGGUUGAAUGUCCCAGUGGGACCCUCUUCAUGCAUGAAUUCAAGCAGUUCUUCGGGGUCCAGGAUAACCAUGAAGCAGCAGAGUAUAUUGAAAACAUGUUCAGAGCUUUUGAUAAGAAUGGGGAUAAUACCAUUGAUUUUCUGGAAUAUGUAGCUGCCUUGAAUCUUGUUUUACGAGGAAAACUGGAACACAAGCUGAAGUGGACAUUCAAAGUAUAUGACAAGGAUGGGAAUGGCUGCAUAGAUAAACCUGAGCUGCUGGAAAUUGUUGAGUCUAUCUACAAGCUGAAGAAAGUGUGUCGGUCGGAGGUGGAGGAGAGGACUCCAUUGCUCACGCCGGAGGAGGUUGUGGACAGGAUAUUUCAGUUAGUGGAUGAGAAUGGGGAUGGGCAGUUGUCUCUUGACGAGUUCAUUGAUGGGGCCAGGAAAGACAAGUGGGUGAUGAAGAUGUUGCAAAUGGAUGUAAACCCUGGGGGAUGGAUCUCUGAGCAGAGAAGAAAGAGUGCUUUGUUUUGAGAAAAUUCAGUUUUGAUACAGCUGAAAAUGUGAUGCUGACUCCAGCUGUGGCUCUUUUACUCCAGGGUGGUGGUGGCUUUCCUUUUUAAUACAAUCUCAGCAUCCAGAUGAAAACUUCAGUGGUUUAAGAAGCCGUAUCUCAAUCUAAAACCCAUGUGCUGCAUACCGCUGGUACC